UCAAUUAAAGAUGGAUUAAUAAACACUUCAUGUUCUAUGACCAUUCAUGUCUUGUUUCUUCCCAUUUGUAGUCUCUUAAUUAUCAACCUCUCUUUGGUUUCACCAUUUUUAUUCAAUGUGUGUUACAAUAUGGAGUAAUUAAGUGUACUAGGAAGAAGAGGGAUUAGAUGGAGUAGAGUAGCAGAGGCCAGUGUAACUAAUAUCACAAACACAACUCUUGUACGUAGUUGUGUGAUGAUUUGAUUAAGGAGAUUUUAUUUAAAUAUUAUUGGAUUUUGGUAUGAAACCACAGGUCUCCGCUUCACAUAUCAGAUAUGCUUCAGUGAAUGGGAGCAAUUAUAACGGACAUUAGUUGGACAACAUAUAUGCAACGAGCGAGAGAUCUCCUCGUGGCCGUCUCAUCGGGUGCUGAGGAGCACAAGACAUGGAUUCUUGAUCUUGCAUUCUCCGCCACCGAAGAGCUCAGGCUAUUGGCUCAAGAACAUGACUCUUUGUGGAUUUUUGACGUUGACCAUGGCUAUGAGAUUCUUAAUCAAACAGAAUACAAGAGAAGAUUCGAACCACUUGAUCCAACUUUGGAGGAGAUUUUUCGACUGAUAUCACAAGGGAAGCCGCGUGACCUCAAUGAGAACGUCGAGUGUCACGUGAGCUGUGAAGGUUCUAGGGCCAAUGGGGUGGUUUACAGAAGCCCUGUUUGCCUUGUGAGUAUGUUCAUGGAUGAGGAUAAAUGGACAUCAACAUUCUCAAAUAUAGUCUCAAAGGCCAUAAAUCUAGCAGGUUUAACCCCAGGGGACAUGGAGAAUGCAACUGGAUCUGUGCAAGUGGUAAAUUCUCAACUACCUAUCUGCCGAUAUCUUUGUUUGUUCGCUUACCUGACAACUAGGCAGAUGUAUGCAGAGUUUCACAUCUGCUCUCCUCUUAUCUCACCUCGACAAAUGUACUUCGUAAGGCAGUCGAGGCAGAUAGAUAACAACACUUGGGUUGUCGCCGAUGUUUCCCUGGAAACUAUAUACCCUAAUCCAUUCCCAACAUCCAAAAGAAAGCCAUCAGGCUGCCUGAUUCAAGCCCUCGGGGAUGGAGUAUCAAAGGUUACUUGGGUGGAACACUAUUCGGAACGUGAGGGCCUAGCGCCCUCUAUGUUCAAAGCACUGCUGGAAUCAGGGGUGGCAUACAGCGCCAAGCGCUGGAUUUCGACCCUGGAGAGACAAUGCGAAAGAAUAGCAACUCUAGAGGCGCGAGACGACUCUCUUAAUGACAAAGGUUCAGGAGCUGCUAGGAAUGGUCUAUUGAAAUUGGCAGGAAGAAUGAGUAGACUUUUCAAUUUGAAGAUUUUCUCAACUAUGGAAAGUGGAUGGAGAGGAGUGACUCUACCAGGAGUUGAUGGGAUCCUAAUCAAGAACUGGUUGAUCCUUGAUGAUCUUCAACAGAUCCCUCCUCGAAUAGCCGUGUCCAUCGCAACAUCAGUCUGGCUACCUGUGAAGCAAGAUCAAGUGUUCAACUUCCUAAGGAAUGAGCAAAGCAGAGCUAAGUGGGAUAUUCUAGCACAUGGUAUGGAAGUUGAAGAAGUUGUACGCAUUUCUUCACCUCGAAACUCCACAGACUCGAUCUCAGUCGUUUCCCAAUGCUCAAAGAGAGGCGCAAUCACGUACCUGCAAGAGAGCUACAAUGACUCCGUGGCGUGCUACAUAGGCUACGCCCCGGUAGAUGUCUGGACAAUGCACCACAUUCUGCAAGGAGGAACUGCAGAUUCUGUGGCAGUCUUGCCUUCGGGGUUUGUCAUUCUACCUGAUGGAUCUACGGAUCAGAGCAGUAUCCUCACCAUUGCAUUUCAGAUCAUCGAUGAAGAACUAACAACACCACAAGAGCUGCAGGAAAGCUCACUGAUCACGGCAUGCACACUGAUCAGAGAUACAGUUUCUCUGAUUCAAACAGCCCUUCUACAGGAAUUGAAUUGGCCUCCACCUUCCUAAAGACCAAUGCUUUUGGCAUGAGUUUUAAUAGAUUGGUUAAGUGUAUUGCGUGUAGGACUGUCAAAAUGAUAACUAAAUAAUGAACUAGUGUCACACUUUAUCAUUAAUUAAUUUUAUUUAAUUCAUAGCA